CAAAACGUAAAUGUUAAGUGAGUUAACGGUGACAACUGACAACUUAACGCGUUUGCAUUUGAGUCCCUAAAAAUUUCGGGUUUUUUGCAGCAAAUUAUUUUAUAAUUUUUACGAAAUAAUUACGAAUUCAUCGAAAUUGUAGAAGUAGAGCAUUAUAUUGUGCAUUUGACAACGGAUAAUUACGUCAAUACCGUCUACAUAUAGAUUAUUGUAUACAGUUAAAUUUCAGAACAUCGAAAAUGCGAGUCACGGUCACAACAAUGGCAGAUUACACUUUUCCCCUGGAAGUGUCCGAUGACAUGGAAUUGGAGAAUUUUAAGGCAUUAUGCGAGAUCGAGAGCGGUUUCCCUGCAAGUGAAAUAGUAAUUUCCCUAAACGGGCAACCUUUACUUGAUGAUAAGAAAACUGUCACAGAAUUGGGAAUCCAAGACGGAGACGUUAUUAUGUUACAGCAUAUAAUGCAAGCUGCCCAGCAGGUUUCACAGUCAGCACGUACAAGGCCUCAACCGGCAGAACCAUCUCGCUUGGCUAGCUUGGACUUCAGCUCGAUUCAAGUUCCGGCCGUAGUAGCUUCAACCAGCGGAAACUCCGGUCUGUUAAAUAAUAAUCGUCCUUCGCCAACGGUCGCUCCGGAAGAUGAUCCUGCUGUAGUGCGAGAGAUGUUUCUCUCCAAUCCAGAUCAGUUGGCAUUGCUUAAACAGAAUAAUCCACGCUUGGCGGAAGCUUUGCUCUCAGGAAACUUAGAAACUUUUGCCACAGUACUGCGGAAGCAAAUUUCCGAACGAAUGGAAAAGCAGCAGCAACGACUGCGAAUCCUUCAGGCUAGUCCGUUCGAUGCCGAAGCUCAGCGCCUGAUAGCGGAGGAAAUAAAGCAGAAGAAUAUUGAAGCAAACAUGGAAGCUGCAAUGGAAUAUAAUCCGGAAACAUUUGGAACCGUUGUGAUGCUUUACAUAAACUGUCGCGUCAACGGGCACCCAGUAAAGGCUUUCAUCGACUCCGGUGCUCAGGCCACAAUCAUGAGCGCUGCUGCAGCCGAACGGUGCAACAUAAUGCGACUGGUAGAUACUAGAUGGGCAGGUAUAGCAAAGGGCGUUGGUGUCCAGAAGAUCAUUGGACGAAUUCAUAUGGUGCAGAUUCAAAUAGAAAAUGAUUUCCUCACCUCGAGCUUUUCGGUGCUGGAAGAACAACCGAUGGAUAUGUUGCUGGGUCUGGAUAUGUUGAAAAGACACCAGUGUAAUAUUGAUUUAAAGAAUGGGGUGCUGCGAAUAGGCACUACUGGAACAGAAACGAAGUUCCUAGCAGAAGGAGAUUUACCAGAGUGUGCCCGUCUGACAGGCAGUCCCGAAGAGGAGCAUAGAGCCAUGGCAGAAUCCGCCCGAAUCGCCGAAGAGAUGGCCUUGAAGCAAGCACUUUCCAAGAGUGAACAGGAUCAAGGAACAGCAGUAGAACCCAGACCUAGUGGACAGGAUCAGUCAGGAGAUUCCCAUCAUAAACGACGAAGAUCUCCAUCAACCAGCGGUAUCGGAACUGGAAGUAUAACAACUACAGCUAGUGGUGCCAGUAGUACCAGCGCUCCAUCUACCGGAAAGCAGGAGCAAUCGCCUCCUGCCAAACAACAACAGCAAGAAGUGGUCGAUGAUGCCCCAUUGGUACUGUUGCCUUCCGAUCAGUUCACCGAAAUGGACGUCGUGGAACUGGAAUCGAUGGGUUUCAGUCGACAGAUGGUAAUGGCAGAGCUUAGAGCGGCUAACGGGGAUAAGACUAAGGCUACUUCGGGACUGUUUGCUAAGCUAGGGUAAUUUUAGAAAUGACUGUUUUACAAUGAGUUUUUUUUCUGGAUCCUUGAACCGGCAUGCAUUUGUUUCGUUUAACCGGUAAGAGUGAACAGUCGUUUCUUCUAGUAGAAUUAAGUGCGAGGUUUGAAGAUUUCUUCUCCUGUUGUACUGCAAUGGCAUAAAGUACAGCGCAUUUACGAGUUAGUUUAACUUCACUAUAUUUCUGAGCAGCAAGUUUUUUUUUCAAUCUGAUUAUUUACAACAUAAGUAUACUGUACUGAACGAAUUCACUGACAUUAAAGGGGUUACUUAAGUAUAAUAAUUAC